CGUUCCGGAAGCGCUUGUAUUUAUGAAAUCGGUACAGAUGUCGAUGUUCCAGACCGUGAGGAUACCUCGUGCAAGUACAUUCUUCCUGGUCUUUGUCCUGGAGAGCCUGCACGUGGUCGGCCUCGGCUUCCUAGUCUUCGUGGCGCUGCCGCAACUGGAUGCGCUGCGCGCCACCAUGAUCUGCAGCAACGUGGCCGUCGUCCCGGCGCUGCUCAGAGCGCUCUCUCAGAGGGACACGUCUCCCCCGAAGAUGAUUCUCAACAUAUCGGCGUUCAUCGCGCAGUGCACGGGCCCCGUGCUGUGGUCCGUGGGAGCCGACGGUUCGCCGACCAUCGGCGUAGCGCUGCUUCUCUCGUCCUUCGCCUGGUGGCAGUGUUUCGCGGACGAAAACUCGCCGGUGUUCCGCGUCGCCAGGCUGUCCCCGCUGAAACGCGACCUCGAUCAGUGUUCCAUGUUCGUCUCCCUCGUCCUGGCGCCUUGGCGGAUGAUGCUAGCAUUUGUGACCAUGCUAGCGCUGGCCGGCCGUUCGUUUGACGGAGCGUCCGAAGUGAUCGGCAGGUUCCACGAGGCCUUCCAGACGCACGAUUUCCCGCUCCUACGAUCGCGGACGGACGUCGUCAACGGAUCGGAAGUACUUGAGCUCGUUCGUACGAAUUACGUCAUCUGGACACCACGGCUCGUCCCAAUCGCCGUCGGUGCAGUCCACGCGGCUGCGAGCUACGUCACCUAUCGUGCCUGCGUGUUCGCCUGCCGAAUCAAGAUCCAAGGCUUCUCGAUGGCGGCUCCGUUGACGAUGAGCGGGGUCGUCACCAUGCUCGCCCUAGCUGGCGCGUGCGCGAAACGCCGCGUGCAGCCUUGCUUCCUGAGCGGCGUCUUGCCGUCCUACGUGUUUCUCAACUGCUACGAAGGCGACUUCCUCCCGUUGAUCACCCAAGAACACGCCUGGGUUUGGGUCGCCUGGUUCCUCAGCCUUGCGAGCGUCACGGCCCACGUCUGGAAGUCCAAGUGCAGCAGGAUGGCGACCGAGGAAAGUCUCUUUGCACGGCCCACGUAUGCAAGUGUCUUAUUGGAACAGUCCGUAGCCCUCAACGUCCGGAGGCUCCGUCGACAUGAAAUGGAUCAGACAAGCAGGAAUGAUCACGUGAACACGGAGAGUUUCCGAGAGGCCAUCGAGGCCAGCUUCCGUACCGCCAAGUCAUCGUCCAGGGAAGAUGUGGAGGAGGGGGAUGACGUCACGAGGAUCUACGCGUGUGCGACCAUGUGGCACGAAACCAAGGAUGAGAUGCUUCAGCUCUUGAAAUCCGUGCUCAGGAUGGACUACGACCAGAGCGCGCGCAGACUGUCGAGGCUACACUCCGGCAUAAAGGACAAGCUGUACUACGUCUUCGAAACCCACAUCAUUUUCGAUGACGCCUUCAGAGAUUGCCUGGACGCAUCAGGGCGGAAAUGUCAGGUCAUCAACGAAUACGUUCAAACUCUCAUCGGCACCGUGAACGAGGCUGCUUGCAGCGUGUACGGGCUCAACGACGUCUGCCUGCAACCUCCCCGCGUGCUGGACACGCCGUACGGUGGCCGGCUCGUCUGGACCAUGCCGGGCCGCAACAGGCUCGUGGUGCACCUCAAGGACCGCAGCCGCAUCCGCAACAAGAAGCGCUGGUCGCAGGUGAUGUACAUGUACUACCUGCUGGGCCACCAGCUCGCCCAGUCCAACCUUGAGCCACACAGCAAGGAGGUGCGCAAGCAGAACACCUACAUCCUCGCCCUCGACGGAGACAUCAGCUUCCGACCGGAGGCCGUGCUCUACCUCCUCGACCACAUGAAGAACAACCCGGGACUCGGUGCCGCUUGCGGGAGGAUACACCCCGUCGGAGCUGGUCCCAUGGUGUGGUACCAGAAGUUCGAGUACGCCAUUGGCCACUGGCUGCAGAAGGCCACCGAACACGUGUUGGGAUGUGUUCUGUGCAGCCCGGGUUGCUUUUCGCUGUUCCGCAGCGAGGCUCUGAUGGCCAACAACGUGCUCCGUACCUACACCACCAAGGCCACGGAAGCACUGCACUUUGUUCAGUACGACCAAGGCGAAGAUCGCUGGCUCUGCACUCUGCUGCUCAAGCAGGGAUACCAGGUGGAGUACAGCGCGGCCUCGGACGCUUACACCCGCUGUCCCGAAACGUUCGAAGAGUUCUUCACCCAGCGACGCCGCUGGACUCCCUCCACCAUGGCGAACAUCAUCGACAUCCUGAUGGACGCCCGGAGGAUGGCUCGAAACAACAGCGGCAUCUCGCACUUCUACAUGGCCUAUCAGGGCAUGCUGCUUGUGGGCACCAUACUAGGGCCGGGCACCAUCUUCCUCAUGCUGGUCGGCGCGUUCGUCAAUUGCUUCAGGGUGUCCUUGCUCACAGCAUCCACCUUCAACGCCGUGCCGGUCCUGUGCUUCGUCGCCGUCUGUUUCCUGUGCCCCCAAAAGAUUCAGAUCCUGGUGGCGGAGGUGUUGUCGGCGGCCUACGCGCUGCUCAUGGCCGCCGUGAUGGUGGGUACGGCGCUGCAGAUUCAAGAGGACGGCAUCGCCUCACCCUCGUCCUUGUUCUUCGUCAUCACCGCGGCCGUGUUCGUAUUCGCCGCCAUGGUGCACCCGCAAGAGUUCCAGUGUGUGGUGCACGGCCUGCUCUACAUCGUGCUCGUGCCUUCCAUGUACCUCAUCCUUGCUCUCUACUCGGUCAUCAACCUCAACGUCGUCUCCUGGGGCACACGGUAUUUCCUCGGCAUCUCAGGGCGCAGCAGCAGAGUGUGACCACUCGGUCUGGCGCAGUCACGCCACGCUGAGGCACUGCGUCCACGCCACCUUGGAACCGGAGGAAGACAGCUUCUGGACUUCCCUCAUCACGGAAUUCUUGGAGCCCGAGAAA